AUGGCCCGCUCAUUCAAUACGCUUAUGGGCGCGGACCACAGCAACGACAGCCUCUUCUUCUUCGAGACGUCCUGGCUCUUCACCCCCUUCGUAUUCGCUGCCCUCCGAGGGCUCGUCGCGUUCUAUACUUUUUUCACCAUCUUCUUCAUCUUUGGCUGGAGGGGCACUCAUGGCGACAAUAUCUCCAACAAACAGUCGUUCAGCUAUUUUACGAACUUGACGUAUUGGGGAAUCGCAUUCUACUUCCUUGUCGCCUCAUUGCAUACUUUCGUCUACGCUGCAAGAGGUCGGUCGGUCUCCCAACAUGCCAUGCCUCCUUUAUUCUCCCUUUUCGAAAUCAUUUUCUCGACUGCCCCGAACUCGCCGGUUCUACAUCUUCCCUUUCUCCUCCUUAUCCUCCUCCUCUACCUCGCUCUCGCCUAUAUCGUCCACGCAACCCAGGGAUACUACACGUACUCCUUCCUCGAUCCUGGUAACAAUGGUGAAGACAGCAAAUCUGUUGCAGGAUAUUCGUUUGCCAUCGCUGCCGCGACAAUUGGAAUCUUCUUUUUUGUCAAUUUGAUUUCGUGGAUUCGUCUGAGAUACACGCGUGAGAAGACGAAAAUGGCGAAGCCUAUGCCGCGCAAUGGCUUGACUGAAGCGGAGAUGGGGAUGAUGGAAAUACCAAAAUGA